GGUGAAACUAUUUUUUUGGUCUUCUUUUGAUUUGAACUGCCUAUGAAAAAUAUCUUCUUACACGUCGUACAUGUUUAGCAUGCCUUUAAUGACUAUGGUUAAUUAAGCUUGAUUUACUUGGAAAAUUCAUACUUAGAUUAAUAAAGAUAUAUCAAAAGUGAGCAUUCUUAUUGCAUUGUAUCCAUGGCACCGUGUAUUACACAUGAACCAUUUUGCUUGCAUUUUUGGAGCAUCUCUCGUGGCAUUUCAUUCAUGCUUAUUUGUGAUGCACCCUUUUUAAUUCUUUAGAGAAUGAUGUUCCCGAGAGUCACGAGGUUGAACCCGAGGGUGAACAGGAAUUGUUCGUGAGUGAAGCACCUGAAGAGUGAUAGUUAGAAGUCAUGUCUUUAAAUUCUCAAUAUAUGUUUAGCUAUGCUUAAGUCAUCGGUAGCUAAUAAGCAGCAUUGUUGUCAAUUAUUGCGAAUCCCCUGUCACCUCUAGCUUGUCGUGUCGUCGAAGAACCCUAUAUAUACCGUUGUUGUGCCGGGGACUACUACUCAAUUUACAAAACGCAAGGCUGUCUGUUGCCUCAAUUGAACCCGAGAUGGGCUCGGAUAACCACUUUAGGUUUCCCUUCAGACAGAGCCUCGUCGUGCUGCUCUUUUUAGCUGCUGCGGUAAUUGCAGGCUCUGCUCGUCCAGAAUCUUACAAGACGACCCAACAUCCUCCAUUAUAUGAUCAGCAAGCAGAUGGCAUAGCAAACAAACAGUUGCUCUACAUUUGCAUCAAUAAAUUCAUCUGCCGCUUUAUAUUACUCGUCAAAAAUAACACUCAGAAGGAAGUAGUUACUGUCGAUGCCAUGAAUGCUAAGCCGGCGCUCCUCCUAUACAACUAUGGCUUAUCGGGCCCACUUCCAGAGAAUAUUGGCUCCUCCAAGUUGAGCUACCUCGCUCUCGCCAACAACAAGCUCACCGGGCCAAUCCCACCAUCAAUCGGGCACCUGCAAGACUCCCUCCUCGAGGUGCUCCUCCUCAACAACCAGCUCUCCGGCUGCCUCCCUCACGAGCUCGGCAUGCUCACCAAGGCGGCCGUGAUCGACGCCGGCAUGAACCAGCUCACCGGUCCGGUUCCGUCAUCCUUCUCUUGCCUCAGCAGCGUCGAGCAGCUCAACCUGGCCGGAAACCGCCUGUACGGAGAGGUGCCCGACGCGCUCUGCAAGCUCGCCGGGCCGGCCGGCCGCCUCGCCAACCUCACGCUGUCCGGCAACUACUUCACCUCCGUCGGGCCGGCGUGCGCGGCGCUGAUCAAAGAAGGCGUGCUGGACGUGAAGAACAACUGCAUUCCGGGAUACGCCAACCAGAGGCGGCUGGCGGAGUGCGCGUCGUUCCUGAGCCAGCCGAAGACAUGCCCGGUGGCGAGCACUCAAGUGACGUGCCCCGCCGCAGCUGCCAAGAACGCGGCGACGCCGGAGGAGAGGAAGGGCAGGGACUACUCCAGCUACGUGACGUACGCUACUCUGCAUGAGUGAGGCGCCACGGUGGCAUGCACUAGGGGACAGAGUGCCUCGGUGCUACUUGCUCAUCUUGUAUUCUUGUGCAUGUUGGUGUGCUUGUGUUGUUGUCCGUUUCCUCUGUACGUGUUGCUGUCACCUCUGCUUCGUGAAAAAUCGUUUGUGAUUAUUAAAAGUUGGUG